AUGCCUAUUCUCAAAGGUAAGAACUAUGAUAAUUGGUGUGCUCAGAUGAAGGUAAUUUUUCGAUUUCAAGAUGUGACAGAAGUGGUGAAAGAAGGGGUUCAAGAACUUGAUAGGAACCCAACUGAUACACAGAAGGUGGCUCACCGUGAUUUGAUGAAAAGAGAUGCAAAGGCGUUGUUCAUUAUUCAUCAGUGUGUAGAUGCAGAUAAUUUUCAGAAAAUUAGAUCUGUUGAUACUGCAAAGAAGGCAUGGGAUACUCUAGAGAAAUCCUAUGCAGGGGAUAACAAACUCAAGAAGGUGAAGUUGCAGACCUUGAUAAGGCAGUAUGAACUUCUACAGAUGAGUGAUCAAGAAAGCAUUAGUGAGUUCUUUUCUCGAAUCUUGGAAAUUACAAAUCAAAUGAAUGCUUAUGGUGACAAGCAAUCAGACUUGGGGAUCAUUGACAAGGUAUUAAGAACCUUGACACCAAGAUUCGAUCAUAUAGUGGUGGUAAUUGAGCAAGGCCAGAAUCUUGAAGAAAUGAAGAUUGAAGAACUGCAAGGAAUUCUUGAAGCUCAAGAGAUGAGGCUCAAUGAAAGAAAUUCACAAAGAUCAGUUGAGCAAGCUAUGCAAGCCCAAACAACCAAAGGGCACAACUAUGAUGGUGGCAAGAAUAAGAAGGAAAGGGAAAGUGGAAGAACAAUAAGUGGAAGGGGUCAAGUGAAGGCUCCAGCAAUUCUGAAAAUCAUAACCAGAAUGAAGAAACAGAUAAGAAAGGUGGAGGGAAUCACAAAGUGGGCAAGAAGAAAUUCAACAAGAAAGGGAUUCAGUGUUAUAACUGUCACAAAUGGGGACAUUUUGCAGAUGAAUGCAAAAGUAAAAGGGUUCCAAGAAAUGCAGAUGAGGCUCAAUUGGCACAAGAUGAAGAUUCUGACUCUGAUAAGGUGUUACUAA